GAGGAAGGAAGCGGCGGGGGGCCGGCGCCGGGGCAGAAGGGCCCGACCUUGAGGCGCCCUCCCCAGUCUCGUCCUUCGGACCCGGGCGCAGAUCGCGGGCAGCCGGGCUCUGCCGGGGAGGCGCGCCGGCCGCGAUGCGGGAGACCCUCUUCAAGGACAACUUCUGGACAACAGAUUUGAUCAGCACAGCCGGCUACGACAGCAUUGUUCAGCAUUUGAAUGACGGCAGGAAGAACUGCAAAGAAUUUGAAGACUUUUUGAGAGAAAGGGCUUCUAUAGAAGAGAGAUAUGCAAAGGACCUGAUCAACUUGUCAAGGAAGAAGCCCUGUGGGCAGACAGAGCUAAACACCCUAAGAAGAGCUCUGGAGGUUUUCAAGCAACGGGUGGAGAGUGUUGGCCAAAGCCAUAUCCAGCUAGCCCAGAAUCUCAGGGAAGAGGCAAAGAAAAUGGAGGAUUUCCGGGAGAAGCAAAAACUCCACCGUAAAAAGAUCGAACUAAUAAUGGAUGCAAUUCAUAAAAACCGAAAUCUACAGUACAAGAAAACCUUAGAAGCAAAGAGGCUUUAUGAACAGCGCUGCAGAGACAAGGAUGAAGCCGAGCAAGCCGUUCAUCGGAGCAGCAACCUGGUGACACCGAAGCAGCAGGAAAAGCUGUUUGUGAAACUUGCUCAGACCAAGACUGCCCUGGAAGACUCAGACAGGAUGUAUCAGAACAACGUCAACGCUCUUGAGAAGAUCAGGGAAGAAUGGCAGAACGAGCAUAUCAAAGCUUGCGAGUUCUUCGAGACUCAAGUAUGUGAGCGGAUCAACUAUUUCCGGAAUGCUUUGUGGUUGCAUGCCAACCAGCUCUCUGAAGGAUGUGUCAAGAAUGAUGAUAAUUACGAGGAGAUCCGCAAGGCCCUCGAGCAGUGCAGCAUCGGGAAGGACAUCGAGUGUUUUGUAAACUUCCGCAAGACCGGCAACAUCCCCCCGGCUGCUGUAGUCUAUGAAAAUUAUUAUAAUGCACACAGGAACGCCGUGCCUAGGCGAAAUCAAGCUCCACUGCCUGGAACGAGACCCCAGAUGCCCAUCCCUUCCAGCGAGCCAGGGGAACAUGACUAUUCUACUGUGGAGGGGUAUAGCUUAAUCCAUCAUCACUAGCCCAGAGAUGAUCUCGGAGUCCUUCAUUCAACUAUGCCUCUAUGAGGAAAUGAAAUAGCAGCAUUUUAGAAGCUGUCUCAAACUACGUCCCCAAAUGAUUGGAGUUCUGCUCUUUUUGGGUGCAUUAAGUAUUCUUUAAAAAAAAAAUCAGAAGAGAUCAUUUCUGCAAGACGGAGGAUGUUUCCACAGCAGGAAACUGCUGAAAGACUGCUAAUUUUCUGGCGAAUAACAUCAGCACUCUGAUUUUUUUCAUUGGAAGGAAGGGAAAAAAUCCCUUGAAGCGGGGGUGUUGGCAGGGCGUGAUAAAAAAACCCAAGAUGGUGGCAGUCGCAUCAAUUGCGUCAUUACAGCCACCAUCUUGACUUUUUUGACCAUUCUCUCGAACCCCUGCCUUUUUUUGUUAGUGAGGUUGUGGUGGUGGGGGGUCACAUCUAAAGAAUUAAACUUACAUGUGAGUUGCCUUGAAACUGG